CCGUCUCCCUGCGCUCCCAUGGCGCUGAAGCGGAUACAGAAAGAACUGAGUGAUCUGCAGCGAGACCCCCCAGCCCACUGUUCUGCUGGACCUGUUGGAGAUGACUGUAAGCUCCUCCUGGGACGUUGCCAUGGCUCAUCUUAUGUCAGUUAAGAAAAAGCUUACAAAAGUUCUCAUUCUUUUAUCUUUUUGACUUGCAGUGUUUCAUUGGCAAGCCACUAUUAUGGGACCUAUUUGUGCAGGUCACAAAGAUGUUGUGUGUUUUAAAACUCCCUGAUGUCACCAUGAUCAACUGAAUUAUGUUGGAAAAUCCUACUCUUUGCAUCUGCAAAGAGAAACCACUUCUUGAGCCUGAUAGCGCGUAUCAAGGGGGAGUGUUUUUUCUCACAGUACACUUUCCAACGGACUAUCCUUUCAAACCUCCAAAGAUUGCUUUUACAACAAAAAUCUACCAUCCAAACAUAAACAGUAAUGGGAGUAUUUGUCUUGAUAUCCUGAGGUCGCAGUGGUCACCAGCUCUGACUGUAUCUAAAGUUUUAUUGUCCAUAUGCUCCUUACUUUGUGAUCCUAAUCCAGAUGAUCCUCUAGUACCGGAUAUUGCACAGAUCUACAAGUCAGACAAGGAAAAAUACAACAGACACGCGAGAGAAUGGACUCAGAAAUAUGCAAUGUAAACUUGUGAAGACUUUUUCAUACACCACAGAGUACUGUAAAUUCUAGUGUGUUUUUUUCAAACUUAGAAGGAAACGGAGCACAGCCGACUGUUGGAACGUCCCAUCGAGCCCCUUGAAUGUUUUCUUUUUCCACCCAUGUAAGUGUGUUUCUGGAGCAAGGGAAAACUUCCAAAAAUAACCUUAUGACUGUGACGAGAGUAUUUAUCCUCUUUGUAUGCUUUGCAGAAGACAUUUAUUAUGGUUUUUAAGAGUUGGACAUCUGCAUCUUCAGACUGCGAGAUCCUUAAUGCAGUUGUAAAGCAGCCAAAUUAUUUUUGCUGGAGAGAAGUAGCCGUUUUUAAGUGAUGAUACUGUAUGUGUGUCUUUAAGAUAUACGAUCUGUUUCAUAGGUGUGUUUGGAUUUCCUUUUGCUAGUUCACAUCUAUAAUUUGUAUUUUUAAUUGUAUAGACUAAAUAUAUUUUAUUUACGGUGUAAGUCAUUUCAUUCUAGACUGACUUUCUCGUGCACGGUAUUGACAACAUACAACUGCUGGUGAUGAAGGGAUAUCCUGCCCGCUCUGGGGUGUUCUAAAGACUGACUGCAGACUUCUUAAAACCUAAAAUGCUCUUUGCACUGUAAUUCUUGGUAUGAUUACGGACAGACACAUGGUUUUGAUUCUGUUGCAUACUUGACUUAAUUUUAUUGCAAUGUGAACUAAUUGCACUGCUGUGUAGAAAA